CUGCAGCAGGUUGGGCCUUGGCCGUUCUCUCACGGCUGGGCCAUGGCGGGGGUCGGGCUGGGGCUGUCGUGGUUGGCGUCCGCGCUGUUGCUGCUGAGCGGGGUGCGAGCUGAAACCUGCACAGAACCAGUCAUCUCUCCAUCCUACUACACUACCUCAGAUGCUGUUAUUUCUUCGGAGACAGUCUUUGUUGUUGAGAUCUCCCUCACCUGUAAGAAUGGAGCUCAGAAUGUUGCCCUCUAUGCAGAUGUCAAUGGCAAGCAGUUUCCUGUCACUCGGGGUCAAGAUGUUGGCCGUUACCAGGUCUCCUGGAGCAUGGAGCAUAAGCUGGCCCGCUCUGGCACCUAUGAGGUGAAGUUUUUUGAUGAAGAGUCCUAUAGCGUCUUGCGCAAGGCUCAGCGCAACAAUGAGGACGUCUCCGAGAUCAAGCCCCUCUUUACAGUCAAUGUGGAUCAUCGAGGAGCCUGGAAUGGACCGUGGGUCUCCACUGAGGUGCUGGCAGCCUUCAUUGGCCUCCUUGUUUAUUACAUGGCCUUCAGUGCCAAGAGCAACAUCCAAGCAUAAGUCACUUCAAUAAACUUUUCACACCAAC